AUGAAUAGAUUUGGGAAAAGUUUGAGGUUCUGGGGAAUAAUUCAUAGUCAAGGGCAUGUGUUUGAGGCCAGAAGAGGGUGUGACAGUUAUAGGGCGGACUUAGAUGAUAUGACAUGUUCAUGUAGGCUGUGGGAUUUGGCUGGCAUCCCUUGUGUGCAUGUAAAUGCAGCAAUUAAUUUUAUCCAUCAAACACCAGAUGCAUACAUCAAUGCAUACUUCUCUAAAGAGAAAUUUAGGCAAUGUUACUCAACAAACAUUGAACCUGUUAAUGGCAGCAAUCUUUGGGCCCAAACUGAAUACAUUAAGCCAUUGCCUCCAAUGUCUAGGAGGAUGCCUGGUAAGCCUGCUACCAAAAGAAAGAGGCAUGCCAGUGAGAAGGAGAGCAAGUUUUCAACAACAAAAGUGAAGGUUGCAAGAACUACCAGAUGUGGUAAUUGUUUGGAAUAUGGUCAUAACAAGAGGGCAUGUAAGAAUAAGAGAAAACAAUAUGUGCCUCUCCCACCAAAGAAGACAGGAAGGCCAAGAAAACAUCUCAUCCCCCAUGUGUCUACAAGCCCUGGUCAACCAAAUGUCCCAAGUCAACCUUCAUGCUCUAACACAGUGAGGAGGAGUCCAAGAAAACAUAACACAUUGAGGAUGAGUCCCAUAAAACAUCAGCAACAGGCAGGUUCUAAAAGAUUUAGGAGAAAUAGUAUUGAUGUACCAAGGAAGAAGUUGUGCACAAGGAGAGGUGGUGGGAGGAUUGGUUCUGCAACUAUAGGUACUCAAGAGAGUGUGGUUCAACAAGUUCCAGUUGUUGAUGAGGGUGAAAAUGUGAUGGGUGAUAAUGUGGGUCAAAGUGUGGUUCAACAAGUUCCAGUUGUGCAGGAAGUUCCAGUAAUUCAUAUUCAAGAUGGUCAUAUGAUGCAAGAAGGAGAAAGUAGUCAAGCAAGUGUGAUGGAAGGUAGUGACACUUUUGGGCAAGUAGGGUCCAGUAUUGGUAGGAAGCUUAAAUCAAUAAAUGAUGAAAUUGAAGAUAAUCAGUUUAUUGAGUUUACUGAGGGAAAAGAGGAUGAUAUUCUCCCAGAGAAGAUACAUUUAGGACCUGAAGAAAUUGCUAGUAUGCUAGAAGCUGGUUAUAGCAUGGCAGAAAUAGAAGCUAUGCCAGGGGUACAAGUGGAAUUGGAUGAUUCCCCACCAGUUGAACUGGAUGUAAAUGAUUUCAUUGACGGUCAUCAUUCUGAUGAUGAUGUUGGUCUGGAUGGUGGAGCUGAAGGUACUGGAGAUGAAGUUGCUGGUGAUGGUGGUCUGGAUGAUGAUGUUGGUCUGGAUGUUGGACCUGAUCAUGGUGCUGGAUAUGAAGGUGCUGGUGAUGGUGAUGAAGAAGGUCCUGGUGGUGGAGAUGUUGAUGAUGGUGAUGGGCCUGAAGGUGAUGGUGAUGAAGAAGGUCAUGGUGGUGGAGAUGUUGAUGAUGGUGAGGAAAACCAGGGUGAUGAUGAAGGACAUCAGGUUGUCCCAAUGGUUAGGAGGAGAACAAGGAAAACUUCUGAGAGGAUUACCAAGAUAAAGCUAAGGAAGGGUGUCUAUAACAAAGAUGGUGGUGGUUCUUCUUCUGUAAAGCCAAUCAACUUGGACUAG